GACGACAUUAAAUAUAGUAGAGAUUCGAAAAUAUCAGUAAAUAUGCUGACUUCAAAAGAUAAAGAAUUCAACGAAAACGUUAUUUUAGGUGAUAAUCAUGAUUGUUUAACCAUAAAUACUUCGGAAGAGUGUAAGCAAGAAUUUGCGAUGUCUAGCGGCGAUUCUAUUGGAUCUGCUGUUUACAAAGUUGACACCAAACCAUGCGUAUCUGAUUGCGUAUUGACGUCACAAGACUUAUCCCAUUUAUGUCAAAGAAAAGCAGAAAAAAACGACAUUCGUGUCAGGUAUGUGGGAAAGUUUUCAAUAAAAAACAUGAAUUACGUAAACACUGGAUUGUUCACAGUGAUGAAAGAUCAUUCGUUUGUAAGCUGUGUUUUAAAGAUUUUAAGUACAAGGGAUCGUUGGUACGUCAUAUUAAAGAACAGCACUACGGUCUUGGACGCAAGAAAGCAAACAGAGCUUUAGCGAAUGAAAUCCUUCGCGAAAUGAAUAGUUUAAUGUGUGAAAGGGUGAAGGAAAAUGAACUUUUUAAUGGUUGUGGUCAACAAGAAGGAUUGAGCCCCAAACUUUCGGCAGAAAAUGAUAAGAAACAUGUCGUGAUUGACUCUUUGCUUUGUAAUGAUAAAGCCAAAGACUACGAUGGAAAUGUUAAAGAAAAUUCGUGGCCUUUAUUCGACAAGCAUUUAUCUAGAGAGUUGAAACUGUUGGCUUUCAAAAACAAAGAACGAUUUCCCGAAAAAUGUAUUUCUACCAAUUUAGAGCAUGCAAGUCGCAUUUCACAUGUCACAGUCGAGAAAGAUGAAAUUCUUAAAUUAAUCCCAGAUAGCAAAAAUCUCGAUGCUGAUAAGAACGAAGAUGUUGGAGUUGGCAAUGAACGUGAUGACGUCAAGAUAGUGAAGACUACGGAAGUUGAGGAUGAAUUGAACGAAAAUAAGACUCAACAUGAUGGUUAUGCUGGUGUAAAAUUCAACAUAAUACGUGUGUUUGAAGAAGAGACGAGUAAUGAUACGGUUACUGCAAAAAACGACGGAGUACUUGAGAAAACAUUGAAACAAACAUCUUGUGAAGAGUCGAAGAAGCCGAGGAAACUUUACCCUUGUAAUGGAUGUAACAAAUCAUUUACAAGUGCAGUUCGAUUAAAUGGACAUAUUUGUGGAGACCAAAGUGAAGUGAAUUUUUCUUGUAGUAUUUGCGGAUUGACUUUUAAACAUCGCGGCUCUAGAAGUAGACAUGUUAAAGAGCAGCAUUUGGGUGUGACAAGGAAAAAGAAGAGCCCAAUAAACAGUUGUCAAUCAAUCAAAGGUAUUGCCACCAUAAAAACCGCAUCGAAAAACAAAAAAAAUAAUAAAAAUUGUGAAAAUGUAGAACGGAAUAAUGAAAAAUGUUUGGGCCAAAUAAAACCAACCGUUUGUUCUGUUGAAGGUGAUACGACUAUGCUUGAAUUUGAAUAUUUUGACAGGAAGCAAAACUGUUUUGGAAUGAAAGAUGAAAUUUUAGAAAAUCAAAAUGUAGAUGUCACAUUUUAUAAAGACAGAAGGCACGAUUUUCUCGACGAGAAACAAUUAAAUGAACGCAAACCACAUGAGAAAGAUAUUGGAAAAAUCAAUGAAGGCUUGAAAAGUCUAUCAUCAAAGACUCCCAUUGAUCAAACAAAUUUUUUCUGGAAUAAGCAAAAGCACAAGGAUCCUGUUGAUUGUGAAAUUGAACAAGAAAAACAAGGCAAAGGCACAUGUGAGGAAACACUAGAAAAUUUUAAUGGUUUGUCAUCAAGCAUUAAAGAAGAUGAUGGCAUAACUCUUUUCAAACAAUCUAAAUCCCAGUUUCUAUCGAAGAACAAAAAUUUUCACAAUAUCAAUGCAAUAAAUGCGAAGCUGUUUUUACCAUGUUACUUGAUUUUUUGAUUCAUCAAAGAAUUCACAAGUAAAUUUUUGUCAUGAUUUCUGCAUUUUUAUGUGGAUCUUUGGUUUGUGUUCCUUUGCGAUGAAAUGAGAUUUUGCUGAAUGCGUAUUUUGUACAGAUAUGAAUAUUUGUUAUUUCUCUUUUAAUUCGAAGAGAUUCUUUCACUUAGGUCUAUAUAGAGGAUUUUAUUUUUUAGGCAAUAUUUGCACUGAAGUAUUAUGGCACUGAACUGUUAUUCAUUCAAUUAUUGUCUUCAGUGAUAUUAGUAACAUUAUUGACUCAUUAACCGUGUGUAAGGUUUGUAUUGUAAAAUAAAAAACCCACCAUUGUCGUGUUGUUUUUACUGAGCAAUAGUGUGCAGCAUGACCCGUUGGUUAGAUAUUUUACUCUACAAACUGAGCAAUCGAAGCUAGUAUGAGUCAUUAUUGUAUGGCUAAAUUAUCUAGAUGAAAAUAAAUAAUGAAUAAUUCUGUUGUUUAAAAUCA